AUGGCGUAUGGAACGGUGAUAAUGGACACCGGUGGCAAUAGAGCGGCUUUGGCGAGUAGCACUGGGGCCGCCGUCGGCGGCUCGGAUGACGUUGAUGGUUCUGGGAUUCGCGCAGGUGCCAUUGCCGGCAAUGGCGAGACGGGACUGCAAAUGGAAGAAAUCAUACCGGUUCCGAUCAUUGAAAUGGCUACGUACGCUGAAACGGAUGUGUUUGAGUGCUAUGUAAGAGGAUUUGAGUCGAGAAUCGUGAUGCGAAGAAAACAUGAUGACUGGAUCAACAUAACGCAAGUAUUCAAGAUUGCCAAAUUCUCCAAGACUCAGAGGACAAAGGUUCUGGAGAAGGAAUCCAGUGAUAUGGAGAACGAAAAAGUUCAAGGAGGCUAUGGCAGAUUUCAGGGGACAUGGAUUCCGCUUGAUAAAGCGAAGUAUAUGGUAAAUAAAUAUAACAUUAGGGAUCCCGUGGUCAAUAAAAUUCUAGAGUUUGAACUUGAUCCCAAUAACCCACCGGUGAAGAGAAGUAAAAAUAGCGUUUUGAAAAGGUCUUCUCCAAAUGGUAGAAUAAGCUCACCUUCAAGCUAUAAUAAAACUCCAAAGAAAAAAAAUCAAGCUAACUCGUCCUCUUUAUCAAGGAAAACAAAGAAAAAUUCAAUACAUUUACAGCCCAAUCCGAGCCCCUUACAUAACGUUGUUUUUCAAACCCCACAACAGGUGCAUACAAUUUCCGCCAAUAAUGCUACCACUAUCUCGGCAAUGAGUAAUAAUAAUGAAUCAAGUAAUGAGAAAGAAUUGAAUAUGUCACAAAUAAAUUCAAAUGAGACACCAUUAACAAUGAAUUAUUCGGCUACGCAAAAGCCAUUACAAUUUUAUCCAGUGCCAACGAAUCUAACACAUCCCCAAAAAUUAUCAAGAGAUAAACCGCAUUUAAUUAAUUUCAUACCAGACGGUCCAAAUCAGGGCGUUUUUGCUUCUCAGCAAUUACAAGCACAACGUAAAAGUGCUCUUUUGGAUAACGAUUCGAUGAGACAUGUAGGGAAAAAAAGAAAGAAAGGAAUUGAUAAUACUUCACUAGGCUUGCUGGAGAAUGGUAUCAACGAAAAUCAUAAUGAACAUUUGGAUAUUAGCUCCAAAAAUAAGAAAAAAAAUAAUCACAAUUAUAACGCUCUAAUGAAAGGAAAUUCGAUGGAGAAAAGUCACUAUAAGAUGAAAAAACAACAACAGACACCAUGGCAAAAUUUUCGUGGUGGUGCCAAUAAUAAUCCGCCUAUAAACUCCUCAUCGUAUCAAAACUAUGUACAUCGAAACAAUCAUUCCAAUACUUCAUCAUUAGAAAUGUUUUCAACCCAUGAAGAUCCAACGCCAAUGUCGUCCAGGUCCGCCUCACCAAACGAUUACAACGGAAUUCCAACAGCACCGGCUACUGCAAUUGAUAAUGGCGAGGGUAUUCAGAAUGGUGACCUUAAUGGUGAUAUGACACAAGAAGAUAAUAAUGUACUUACCUUGGAAGAGUAUAAGGAGCUAAUCUUACAGGUCUUAUCAUCCGAGGAUGGAUCGAGUAAAGAUUAUGCUCUACCACCACAAAUGUAUCAUCCGCCUCCGAAUCUGGAUAUUAAUUUUGAGAUAGAUGAUCAAGGUCACACCCCAUUACAUUGGGCUACCGCUAUGGCUAAUGUUCCGUUGAUAAAAUUGUUAAUUGCCUUAAAUGCAAAUGCGCUACAGUGUAAUUCAAGAGGUUUCAAUUGUAUCACUAAAUCAACCUUUUACAACAACUGCUUUAAGGCCGCUUCAUUCGGAGAAGUAUCUUCGGUUUUAAGGAUAUGUUUGAUUACACCUGAUUCUAAUGGCAGACUCCCAUUACACUAUUUGGUGGAAUUAAGUGUUAAUAAAUCUAAAGAUCCAGUUGUGAUAAAUUCUUACAUGGAUACAGUCAUUCAAAACUUAGGUCAAGAGGAUUACACCUUGUUGCGCAUGUGUUUGAAUUUUCAGGAUAAUGCAGGUAACACUGCAUUGCAUUUAGCUGCAUUAAAUAUGAAUUUGGAACUCUGCAAUAAAUUAUGCUACUUGGGAUCAUCAAUGGAUGUAACAAAUUAUGAUAACGAUACACCAGCAUCUAUUCUUGCGAAAUUCAAUCUAGUACCGCCUACUUCGGUUAAUUCGUUUUCUACCCCACAAUUUGUCAAAAAUCACAAAUCAAGCACUUCAACUUUCCUGGAAGCUCCAGUGGCUACAACUCCUGGUAUAUCGCUACCGCGUUCUCGAGAAAACUUGCGUUCUGAUAAAACUAAUAAAGUUUCUCGCAAUGCAGAUGACGACAAUGGCAAAAAUGAGAACAGAGAUGUAGAUAAGGAAAAUCGAGGCAACUUUGUUGGAGGAAAUAAUGAAUUUAUUCAAAAGGAUCAUGGCAUUCUGAGAUCAACACCAUAUAUUUCUUCAAAAAAGACUGCCUCAAGAAAUUUCUUAUCGGGAGGAGACACAACCACAUUUACUACUUUGAUGGAUGAUUUGUCAAAUAUAGAUUCGUUUGUCACAUCAUCUGUUUUGAAAGAUAUCAAAUCAACACCUUCGAAACCGCUGGAAGAUUCGCCAAUAUUAUUUAGGAAGAGAGAUGCUACAGCUACUGAGAGCAACACUAAUAACGAUGCUACUUUAAGUACUGUCUUAAAGAAACCAGUAGAUAUAUCUGGAUCUUUAGAUUCACCUCUUGCUGCUAUUGUUGCCACACCACUAGGAACAACUCAAAAUAGCAAGGCAAUAACAGGUGUUCUUUCGUCCGCCAAUAGAUUAAGGGAAAUCUCCAAUUCAUUAGUCAUUUCGAUAAAUUCAGAAAUUUCUAAACUGAAAACUGAAACCAGUGAUGUUGAAGUGGGUCUUGAUGGAGUGAAACAAAACCUAGAAAUAACACAAAACAGUGAAAAAGAACUGCUAAGUCAGUUCGAAGAAGGUAUUGGAUUUGAAUCUGUACAAGAAUUGCAAGGCAAAACUGAGCAAUUGCGACAACUGGUUGAUAAUGGUAAAAAUAUUUUCAUGUCUUGCGUUGAAAAAUCCCAAGCAUUGAAUCUGGCAACAUUCGUUCAAGAAGAAGAAUCAAAGGUGAAUUCAGACACGUCAAAUUCCCCAUCGCCAAUUUCUCCAAGAAAAGAUCAAAUCAUGAAGUCACUGAGACUCGCCACAGAGUUAGGUCUUUUACAGUUCAAGAGACGUUUAAAACUAAACAAAAUUAGCGAUGCCAGAUGCAACGUCAACUUGUCAUCCAAGGUUACCAAAUAUAGACGUCUAAUAGGUAUGACAGUGGAAAAUAUAGAUUCUAAAUUGGAUGAAAUAGAAAUGGAUUUGAGGGCACCCGCAUAG